AUGCUUGACCACCUUAUCAAUCAUGAUAGCACUUCCCACGCCCACUCUUAUAUAAACAAGGCUGUUGUCACCAACACCGUCAUUCGCCCUUUCUUUCUACUAGUACUCAUAUCGUCAUUAAGGGCUUUUCGUGACAAAGGUACAUGCCAUAUCACACUAGAAAGAAAUCGUCAAGGUCGCCAAGAUGUCAUUCUAUCAUGGUUACGCGGAGGACAUUUCGCCAAAAACAUCGGAUUUGCUAAAGUGAAGCGUAUCGAAGAGCGAGCAAAUAGCUCAAAGUUUAGCAAGUCAGCAGUUGAAAACAGGGAAGCAAAGGCAUGUAUUUCAAUCCAGUCAGUCGGCCGAACAAGCACUUUCUACAUGACAAAACUUGUUGCGGAUUAUCUCUAUGUGAUCAUUGAAAUCGGAACUGAACAAUCAAGAAUGUACUUUAAGACUUAUUGUGUUGGUGUCACUAGACACCGCUAUGCAUCCUAA